AUCCGCCGUUCGCCCUGCCGGCUCAGGCGGUCGGUCCCCGCCCACCACGGCUCUGCGAGCGCUCCACAGGUCACGUCCCCGUCUCCCCGACUCCCGCAGUCCGCAUCCCGCUGUCCCGCAGCCGCACAGGCGCACAGGUCGCGACUCGGACUCGCGACUCGCGAGCGGCCGAGCGCCGCCGCGCCGGAGCGCAAGGAGGAGCCGCCGCCGCCGCGGUCCGCCAGGCGCCAGCGCUCCCGUGACCCCGUCCACCCCCGGCUCCCGCACAGGCGCUCCCGUCGUUCGCUCCCGUCCGUCUCCGGUCCAGCUGUCCCCUCCGCUCGACCCCCGAGCCGAGGCCCCGAGCCCCCGACGGCGGACGGCUCACGGCCGGCACUCAAGCAGCGCCGCAGCGGCAGCGGCAGCGGCCACGGCCCACGACCAGUGCGUGAAUUGUAUCUGGUAUUGGCUUCCUAAAGGAUCAAUGUCGACUAUCUCUGAUCAGAAAAAACGCACGUUGGAAGCCCUUCAGCAACAGUAUACUGCUGCAAAAGCUAAGAAAUUGCAAGAUGAACAGGUUAAGAGUCAGAAGAAGAGCAAUUUUAAUACCCCUAAGCGUAAAUUUGAUGCACCAAGGAAAGACAAAGGUCUAGAAAUCACUCCUCGUCAAACAUAUGCCCAGCCUUCUCCUCAUAAAGGGGUAGCAUUUUCCAGUUCUAAUCGCCAACAAAAGCCUUCUGCAUCCUCAAGUGAAGAAAUCAAUCCUGUGUAUGGCGAACUUUCUUGUGCCUUUCAUGACAAUUUGUCCAAAGAUGGUGUCUCGGAUUUGGAUGGCACAGAGGUUGUUCACAGUGUUAUAUAUGACAUAAUUCAGAAAGGCGGAGAUGCUGGGAAAAUUACAAAGGGAGCCAAAAAGUUGAAGCUGGAAAAAGGGAUCCUUUUGGAUAAUUAUGUUCAGAGGGGUCCUAGAUUAGUGGAUGCCCAAGCAAGAUCUUUGCUGAUUCAUUCAAAGCGAUCAAAAAGGCACAUGUCUCUGAAACAACAUAAGAAAUGUGGUUCAUUUGAUUUAGAUGGUACAUUCCACAAGUAUGACUUCUAUAAACCAAUGCAUGAGAUGUGGAAGGAUUAUAUCAGAGAGCUUAUGAAAGUAACCCCGAAAAAGAAAUUGUCUGAAAACCUCCUUUCAGCAGAUCUUCACGGGGCCCUUCUAAUAGUGGCAGAAUGCAAAGCUGCUUCAUAUCAAGGUGUAAACGGCAUCAUGAUUCGGGAUACUGCAGAGACAUUUGGAAUUAUAUCCGAGGACAACCGCUUGCGAGUUGUACCAAAAGCUGGUUCAGUUUUCAUACUUCAAGCAGACUGCUGGAAAGUCACACUGAUCGGCGACAAGCUCUCGCCCAGGGAGAAGUUGAAGGAGGACCAGCGUCAACACCGUGCACAAUCGCAAAUCAGAUAGUUUCCAAUGUGCCAACUGUUUUGUCACAGAAUUUUUGUCCCAGGAACAUUUGCUUUUGUUUAGGUCCUGCACUUAAGCAUGGCAUUUUUAUUCUCUCUCUAGAGGCUCUGACAUUUCCUAGCGACUGUCUGACAGCUUGAGAUGUAAAGGGUGACCGACAUUACUAACCUCAGGUGUGUGACCAUGAGUCCGGUAAUCCGGUGACUGAUUAUUGAUUAUAGGCGAAGCAAAUCCAUUUACGGUUGUUUCAUU